GUAUCUUCCUUAACUGAAAGAUUUGUUCUGAUUGUACCUUUCCGUUCCCCCAUUAUGACUAUGAUUAUUACUACACUCCCUUACACCACUCUCUUCAUUAUUAUUUAUUAUUAUUAUUAUCAUCAUUUUUUUACGUCCCUCAAUUUUUUUUCUUCUUAAAUUCUCAUUGUUUUAUGUGGCGCAUAUAUAUUUGGCGCACUCCUGUACCAAUAUAUAUGUGUUCAAAUAAAUAAAUAAAGGUCAUGAAACUUCAGAAAUACAAUUUUCUACUCAUUGAGAUAUCACGAAAAUAUUUUUACUAAUAAAUUAAUUACAUAUUAUUUAAGGAUGCAGCUCCUUUUAUGCUGUUAAUUCAUUUAGUAAUUUUUAUGGAGAAUAAAAAUAUUUUUGAAUAAUAUUGCGGCCUAUACGAUCGAUGUGUAAUUAGAGGAGAGCGGCUGUAUGACCUGGUCUAAAUAUUGAUUGCUUUACCCAAAAUGUUUACAUAGUACCAGCGACCUUCUAUUAACCAAUAAUACGAUAAUGUGAAACAAAAACCGAGAACAGUAUUUCAUGACUGUUGAUCCAUAGUAGAAUACAAUACAGCAAGUAGAUAACGUCUAAUUAUGAAAUUCAGAUUUAUAACUGAUUCGUACAAUAAUAUAGAGUAAAAUUUUGGUCACACGCCAACAUAAUUUAGAAAUUACGAUGUAAACAUAACUACUCCGUAAUUUAAAUAAAACUGAGUAAUAGGUCCGUAAUACAUUAACAGUAACUUAAGAAACGUAUAGCACAUAAUAACAAUUUAUACCUAGCGAAAAAGUUUACAGAUGAAGGCAUAUAAAGAUAUAAUAAUUCAAGUAUCUGGUGUCAUACGGCAGAAGUUUAAACAAUAACAUAAGGUAGAACAGUUCCGAAAGUUCAGCUCUGUUUAAUAUUUAACCCAUUAUAUCAAUAACUUAUGAAUAACAUAUCAUUACUGUGUGUUGUUAUGACUUAAGUUGUUACAAGCAAGUUAAACUACUCGAUGUUCAGUGAGAUGCAGAUUUGAAUCCCUCCGAAAGUCUUAGUAGAGUGAUGACCUUAAAUCAAGCUAAUGAACUUUUACUUGGUUAUUGUUAUAUACAUUGCCAUGGCUUUUCAUUGAGGUUGUGUCAUAAGUCGAGUAAAAGGGCUAUACAUGAGUUAAAUUGCUUUCAACAGUGUUGGUCGUUAGCCUGGAGAUUUUGGAAAUCAACUUGAUUAGUCAUCAUUUAUUCUGUGAUUUAAUGCUGAUAAGCAGUUCCUUAUUUUCUCAACUUUUACUUAAUUAUGGUUUUCAGGUUACCUCACUUUCUCGUAACUCACAGAAACAGGUGAAGGUUUACUGUUCAAUCCCCUUUGAAAUAUUACUCCCUAAGCCUAUUUUUAUGUGUUAAUGAGUAACUGACAAUCCAACCCACCAUAUACUUAAGUGCAUAAGCUUUAUGCUUGAAGCAAAUAAAAUAUCUGCCUGUUUAUUUAUAUAAGAUGACAUUGUUGUACAUUUCGGUUGUAACAGCAGGCGUAAUCAAUGGACGUGGUAAUCAAUUACUGCGGUUGUUUUUUCAUAAUCACAGUUGUCAAACUUGAUUCUAGGUCACUGACCCAAUAAUUAUAUAACUACUUACGUUUCCAUAUUUUAUUUCUGAUAUGGGUUUAUUAAAAUUUUGAUAGAAUUCUGCGUAUGGGUGUUGAGGGUAGUUUCACGAUUUUCUGUGGUUUACGUUAGCACUCUUCUCUAGUGGAAUUUUACAAGCAAGUCAGUUUUUACAACAAGAAUUUCCGGUUUUGGUGAAACAUUUGUCGGCGUCAUUUUUCUGAUAGGAUUAACAAUUUCUAAUAAAUUGAGCCAUACUGUUCUUGUUCAAUUGUUUUCAUUUUUAAUUCGCAGGCAUUCCGAACGAAAUACAAUCUUCUUGAUUCGAUGGUCAUACCAUUCGAACCGAUACCCAUAAUUGAGACACCGGGUUUAGGUAGUUUACCAGCUGUCACAAUAGUAGAUCAGUUAAAGAUUCAAAGUCAAAAUGAUCGAGAUAAAUUACAAGAGGCCAAAGAAAAAGUUUAUCGUGUUGGUUUUUACGAUGGGAUUAUGUUGGUUGAAAAAUAUAAAGGUUUAAAGGUGAAUUCAGUGAAAAAACUUAUUCAAGACCAAUUAGUUGAAACGAAUGAAGCUAUAAUUUAUUACGAGCCGGAAAAUCUAGUCGUUACACGUGGUGGUGAUGAAGCAGUGGUUGCUUUGUGUGAUCAAUGGUAUCUAGAUUACGGCUCAGAGGAAUGGAAAACAGAAGUCCGUAAAGCAGUAGCUAACUUGUCAGCAACCGAUGAGGUUAGACGCGGUCUUUAUUCAACCGUUGACUGGUUACAUGAACAUGCUUGUUCUCGUACAUAUGGUUUGGGUACUCGUUUACCAUGGGAUGAUAAAUGGCUUAUUGAAUCUUUAUCUGACUCUACAAUAUAUAUGGCAUAUUAUACAAUAGCUCAUUUGUUACAGGGCGGGUCAUUAGAUGGUAGAAAACCUGGUCCUCUUAAAAUUUGGCCAGAACACAUGACACCAGAAGUGUGGGAUUACAUAUUUUUAGGAAUAGGAAAUCCAGAGGAUUUAGUCGAAACGAAAAGUCAUUCCUCUCUAAGUGUACCAAUUUUGAAGAGACUUCGUCAAGAAUUUCUUUUCUGGUAUCCAGUUGAUUUAAGAGUUAGCGGAAAGGAUCUUAUCUCCAAUCAUUUAACCUACUACUUAUACAAUCACAUUGCUAUAUGGCCAAAUGAACCAAAUUUAUGGCCUCGAAGUAUACGUGCCAAUGGCCAUUUGUUAUUGAACUCUAAUAAGAUGUCAAAAUCAACUGGUAAUUUUCUCACUUUAGCAGAUGCUGUGGAAAAGUACUCAGCUGAUGGUGUUCGUCUUGCUUUGGCUGAUGCUGGUGAUUCGUUAGACGAUGCUAAUAUAAAAGAAGAGAUGGCUGAAGCUGGACUUUUACGUUUAUAUGGCCUUUUGGAUUGGUUUAAUAUGACAUUGGAGAUUUUAAAUGAUUCAAGUUUACAACAAAAAUCUGGUUAUCGAACAGGUGCUUAUACAAUGCAUGCAGAUUUCGUUUUUGAAAAUGAAAUGAAUAAUACGAUUGAAUUGGCCGAUAAAGCAUACGCUUCACAUGAAUACAGAGAAGUACUUAAAAUUGUAUUUUAUGAACUUCAGGCACAUCGUGACCGUUAUCGUGAAGUUUGUCAAGGCAGUGUACAUACUAAUCUAAUUCGACGUUAUAUGAAUAUUCAAUUACUACUACUUAGUCCAAUUUGUUCACAUGUUUGUGAACACAUAUGGAUUAAUUUGUUAAACAACAAGACAUCAAUCUUUUGUGAAAAGUGGCCCGAGCUUAGUUGUCCAGUAGAUCGAAUACUUUUGUUACAAGGUCGCUACAUAGAUGAUGCAGCUCAUACUUUUAGAUUACAACUUAAACAAUACCAAUCAUCAAAGUCGUUCAAAAGUAGUAAAUCUGUUGGAUCCCAUUCUGUUACUCAGUUUAUUCCACCUUCGGAUGCUGUUGUUUGGGUUGCUAAAGCUUAUCCAGCAUGGCAGGCACAAAUUCUUGAAAUUAUGGCAGCUAAUCUUUCUGACGAUGGUAAAACGUUAGCAGAUAAUGCAACGUUAGCUCAACUUUUACGUCCUCAUCUAAAGGCUAUGGGUAAAAUGGCAAAACGUGCUAUGCCAUUUGUACAGUUAGUCCGGGAACGGUUUGUAAUUCACGGUAAACGAGUUCUUCAACUUCAGUUGGAGGUAGAUGAAUGCGAAGUAAUUAAAAAGAAUUUAUCCUAUCUUAUAUCAACUUUAGGUUUACGACAACCUGAUGGUUUAAAAAUCAACUACUCGUGUGAUUCUAAUGAUAGUCGUAUUGAAGAAAGUGUUUGUCCUUUAGAGCCUCUUAUUUUGUUUUGUGAACCAUCUACCUCAGCAUCCUUGACGUUUUUAAAUCCGGAUAUUGGUUCAGGUCUCUUUACACUUAAUGGUGUUACUAUUUUUGACGGCGACACAUAUACCGAUGUGGUUUCACGUGUAGUCACUCACUGUCGUUCACUUGCGUUAAACAGUAAAGACUUAAAAAACAUAACAUUGUACCGUUUUACCGAUCCUACAUGCGGACAUUUACGCGUUCCUCCUUACCCUAAGGAAGCUCUACAAAUUGUCCAGCCAACAGCUCGUUUUGUAGUCGAUGCAUCAUCCAUCAUAACGCUGAAGAUUGGUAGUGAUUUUAUUCCUAUUGGCAAAAAGCUUGUGUACACAACUACCGUGUCGUCAUGAUCAUCUUCUACUAGAAUAAAGCUUUUUAUUUUUGG